CUCUCAGCAGAAUCACAUCCUCCGCCUGAAUUCAACCUCGACCGACCGCAGCCAUCUCCGACUUUUGUUCUACUACAUUUCCAAUCCCGCAUCAGUGAUAGCUGGCGUUCCUUGGCCUCGAUUCUACUUUGCGACGUAUUUUUUUUCGCUCUCAUCGCGAGGCAUUACAGCACUCAGGAAAACCAAGCAGUUCAAGAUGGUAUCAGAAGACCGGCAACGGAUCAUCGAGACCAACCGGUCUCUCCGUCUGAUUAAGAACGAACUCGAGUCCCUCCUCGAGAAAGGCGUCAUCACUGAUUCCGCCUUCGACUCCAUCAGCGCCCUGCUCCCAGCCGAGUCCCCUCUCUCCGGCGGCCCAGUAGCAGCAGCCCGCACCGACAACGCCAAUUCUUCUCUCCCCACGCCUUCCCCGUCCAACCCGUCACCUGCUCCCGCCGUCUCCCCGCCAACCUACGCCCAGUCCACCGCCCCCCCGCCGUCCCUGCCCGUCCGCAACAACCCACCUCCCCCGCCCGCGGACAGCAGGCCCAUCCUGACGCACGCGCGCGGCCUGUACCGCUACGCGGGCACCGACGCGCGCGACGUGUCGUUCGAGCGCGACGACCGCAUCGCCGUGCUCGAGUACAUGAACGCGGACUGGUGGAUGGGGCGAAACCUGCGGACGGGCCAGGAGGGGAUUUUCCCGCGGAGUUAUGUCGUCGAGGAGCAGCAGAGCCAAGAAAAGAUGCCGGUGGCGGGGUACCCGCAGCAGCCGCAGUAUGCUGCUCCUGCAUCAGGGCAUUAUCCGAUCGCGCCGGUGCCGGUGGGUGGGUACGGGCAGCAGCAGCAGCAGCAGCAGGAGAGCGGAGGGGGAGGGGGGAGCAGCAAGAUUGAGGAGCACGGCAAGAAGUUUGGCAAGAAGCUGGGGAAUGCGGCGAUCUUUGGCGCGGGCGCGACGAUUGGGAGUAAUAUUGUUAAUUCCAUCUUUUAAAAGAGCGCAGGGGACUGUUGGUUAGCGGGGGUUGGCGCAAGGAGACCGGGGAGGCUGGCUGGGGACAUGGGAGGGGUUAGAUUUGGAAUGCGUUCGUCCGUCCAGCCCUUAUGGACGGCAAGGGGUCUCUUUUCCCCAGCUGUCAGCGUGAGCCUUAUCAUUCACGACUUGCAGGCUGUUUUUUUUCCCACGGCACGACGGGCCGGAUAGGUUUACUGAUAACUGACUGAGCGUUACUCUGGGGUUUUCCUUUUAGCUAACAAUGACGGUCUGCCAUGACUGACAGAAUUGAGCGCA